AUGAAGAUGUUGGAUGAAAAAGAAGAGUUAACGAGCUCAUCAUCGAUCUUCUCCCUCACUCUUGACGAGAUCCAAACCAAGAGCGGAAUGAGAAGCUUCGGCUCCAUGAACAUGGAGGAUUUCAUCGCCAGCAUCUGGAGCGUCGAAGAAGACGACAACGAUCACCACCACCACCACCACCAAAUCACUCCAGUCGCCAGGCAAGGCUCCUUCUCCAUUCCCAUUCCCAUUCCCAUUCCGCUCUGCAAAAAGACCGUCGACGAAAUCUGGUUCCAGAUCCACGGAGACGGCGGAGAUCACGAUGGUCGGAAUCGCGAUUCCGGGCCGCGGCGGGAGCAGACGCUGGGGGAGAUGACGCUGGAGGAUUUUCUGGUGAGAGCCGGCGUGGUUAAUGAAACGACGAGAAUGGGGAUGAAACGACAGGAGGUGGAGGAGGGUGGGAAGAAAACGACGCCGUAUGAGCGAGAAUCGGGUGUGAGUGAGACUAUGAUGAGUCAGAGUCAGAGUCAGAGUCAAAGUCAAAGUCAAAAUAAUAAGAGAAGGAGGAUGAUAGGUGGUGGGUCGGUGGAAGUGGUGGUGGAGAGGAGGCAACGCCGUAUGAUCAAGAAUCGAGAAUCAGCUGCUCGUUCUCGUGCCAGAAAACAGGCUUAUACCGUGGAACUAGAAGUUGAGCUUAAUCAGCUCAAAGAGGAGAAUGAAAAAUUGAAGCAAAAUUUAGCUGAGUCUGAUCUUAAGAGACAGAGAGAGGUACUGAUGAAAAGAAAACAAUCAAUAAAAUCAUCACAAAAAUUGAGAGAAAAACUGAGAACGAUAAGGAGAGCAGUAAGCUUGGCUUGGUGAUAAA